AUGACAGAUUUACAAGUCAAGCUCACAGCCCCAAAUGGGCGCACAUAUAUCCAGCCUACGGGACUGUUCAUCAACAACGAAUGGGUGCCGAACGAAACAGAAAUAGUCUCUGUCCACGCCGCCUCAACCGCCGACGUUGACAAAGCUGUCGCCGCAGCCCGCUCAGCCCUCAACUCCCCCUCAUGGCGCGACCUGCCGGCCUCAGAUCGCGGCAAACUUCUGUACAAACUCGCCGACAUCGUCGACGAGCACCGUCUCGUCCUCGCCACAAUCGAAACAUGGGAUAAUGGCAAACCCUUCACCGUCGCUCGAGACGAGGAUUUGACCGAGGUCAUCGAGACGUUGCGCUACUAUGCUGGUUGGGCCGAUAAGACGUUUGGACAGGUUAUUGAUACGACACCCGACAAAUUUGCGUAUACCCUCAGAGAGCCGGUUGGAGUUUGUGGACAGAUCAUUCCAUGGAACUACCCCCUCUCAAUGGCAGCAUGGAAACUCGGCCCAGCCUUGGCCUGCGGCAACACCGUCGUCCUCAAACCCGCCGAACAAACACCCUUAUCAAUCCUAUACUUCGCGAACCUUACCAAACAAGCCGGCUUCCCAGCAGGCGUAAUCAACAUCCUCAACGGCCAAGGCCGCAUCACCGGCGCCGCCCUGGCCACGCAUCCCAACGUCGACAAAAUCGCUUUUACGGGCAGCACCGCCACAGCGCGCGAAAUCAUGAAAAUGGCCUCUUCCACACUUAAAAACAUCACCCUUGAAACAGGCGGGAAAUCGCCGCUGAUUGUCUUCAACGAUGCAGAUUUGGACUUGGCGGUUGAAUGGGCUCAUAUUGGGAUUAUGUCUAACCAGGGCCAGAUUUGUACUGCCACUUCCAGGGUGUUAGUGCAGGAUGAUGUCUACGAUACAUUUUUGGAAAAAUUCAAGGCACACACGAAGAAAAUAAGUAAAGUGGGUGAUCCAUUCGAUGAAGCGACCUUCCAGGGUCCCCAGGUUACGAAGGCGCAAUAUGAUAGGAUUAUGUCCUAUGUUGAUAUUGGCAAGGCCGAGGGUGCGAAACUCGUUCUUGGUGGGAAGCCUGCGGCGCCUGAUGCGAAGGGAUUCUUUAUUGAGCCAACUGUCUUCACAGAUGUCAAGAGUCAGAUGCGGAUUUAUCAGGAAGAAGUGUUUGGCCCCUUUGUGUGUCUGGCGCGUUUCAAGACGGAGGAAGAAGCGUUGAAGAUGGCGAAUGAGACCACAUAUGGACUGGGAAGUGCGUUGUUCACGACGGAUCUUGUCAAGGCUCACCGUGUGGCGCGCAGGAUUGAGGCGGGAAUGGUGUGGAUCAACUCGAGUAAUGAUUCGGAUUGGAGGAUUCCGUUUGGUGGUGUCAAGGGCAGCGGAAUAGGUAGAGAGCUUGGAGAGGAGGGAUUAAAGGCGUAUAGUCAGGUGAAGAGUGUGCAUGUCAAUAUGAAGUCUAAGCUAUAG